AUGGCAGAAUUCGAAGCCCUUGUCAGGUAUUUUAACAUCUGGGCUUCUGCGGCAUCUGCCCACGACAACGAGCGCGCAACGAAACGGCUGCAAACACGGGCCCAGUAUGUCCAACUUCGGGAAACAGACCUCGACAAGAAGAAGCAGUACUACCAGCAGGUGAUGCAAGCCUUCCAGAACGCCAUGCAACUUCUUAAUCAAUCUUGA